UCUGCUCAAGGACAAAGCAGCAAGCAAAGACCGAGCGAAGGAGAGAAGAAGAGAAGGAAGAGAGGAGAAAGAGAAGCCAUGGAUCCGAAGCUCACGGAGGUGUCGCAGCAGUUCGGCCGGUUCAAGGCCGCCCUCGUCAGGAACGACUUCUCCGCCUGCACUAGCCUCCUCUCGCAGCUGAAGGUUUUGCUGACAGAGUUCAAAAGUCUUCCUCCGCUGUUUGAGGAAACACCAAAUGCUGUCCAUGAAUUGACUCUUGCAAGAGAUAUUUACGAGCAUGCUGUUAUUCUAAGUGUGAAGAUGGAAGAUCAAGAUGCAUUUGAGCGAGAUUUUUUUCAACUGAAGCCUUAUUAUACAGAUGCAGGUGGCCGUAUUCCACCAUCUCCUCAAGAGUACCCUAUUUUAGGUCUCAACCUGUUGAGACUCCUUGUGCAGAACAGAAUAGCUGAGUUCCAUACCGAACUUGAAUUGCUUUCAUCUGCUGCCCUGGAGAAUCCUUGCAUCAAGCAUGCUGUUGAGUUGGAGCAAUCUUUCAUGGAAGGGGCCUACAAUCGUGUUUUGAGUGCUAGGCAGACAGUGCCUCAUGAGACUUAUGUUUAUUUUAUGGAUCUUCUGGCCAAGACAGUCAGAGAUGAAAUUGCUGGAUGUAGCGAGAAAGCAUAUGAUUAUUUGUCAAUUAGUGACGCACGGCAAAUGUUGCUAUUCUCCUCUGACCAAGAACUUGCGGAAUAUAUCAGGGAGGAACAUCCCGAGUGGGAGAUUAAGAGUGGGUUUGUAUAUUUCCAGAAGGCGAAGGAAUCUGCACCUUCGAAGGAAAUUCCUUCCCUGCAGCUUAUCAAUCAGACUUUGAGUUACGCGAGAGAGUUGGAGCGGAUUGUUUAGGAUCUUCUGCCAUGCGUGGUGGUUUGCACUGACAUUUGCACACUUAAAAGAUUGGUUAUUUUGUGCUAAUGGCAUAUCAUCCCUUUUGCCCAUUUCGAGAAACUUGAUAUUCUUUUUAAAGUCUGUAACUUUAUUUGAUCAUUGUGUUGGAAUUAUCUCAGCAAUCACGUUAGUAUUCA